UGUUUGAUCCUGACUUCUCUGAUCCUUCCCUUCUUCCAGUGCUCCCCUCUUAUCUACUGAUAAGACAUAUGUAUGGAUACACUUUGCACAUGCUCAGUUUUUUUUCUUUGGAGAGUGCAUGUGAUCAGCACAGGGCUAAUCCACACUGUUCAGACAGAGGUCAAGCGUUCUGCAUCCUCCUAGAGCAGAAAGAAAACUCUACUCUACUACAAGCUUUAACCAGUGCUCAGCUGAACACUGAGGGAAGUCACAAGACUGCUCCAACUGCCGAUGAGAAAAGGUAUUUAGCAGUUUAUAUUUACUAA